AUGUUAGAUUCAAAAAAUGCAUUGGUCAAGUCUUAUAGGAUGGUAAGAGACACUCUUCAUGAAAAUCCUUCUGCUAAUUUGAAGUUAAGAUUAAUUGGAAAAAGGGAACAAGAUGGAAGGACGUAUAACUUACCAAGUUCUUCUGAGGUUGCUGCUUUAGUUGUCGAUAUUUCUAACGUCGGGCAACGUGUGAUCUUACCUUCUUCAUUUACCGGUGGUGCACGCUAUAUGAUGCAAAACUAUUUGAAUGCCAUGUCGCUCUGUAAAUGGUUUGGAUAUCCUGAUUUUUUCAUAACCUUUACAUGUAAUCCAAAAUGGCCAGAAGUUCAAAGGUUUCUUAAGGACACUUCACUUCAUCCAGAAGAUAGACCGGAUAUAUUAUGUAGGUUGUUUAAGAUCAAGUUGGAUGCAUUUAUUAAAGAUUUAAGGGAAAAUGAAGUUUUCGGCAAGGUUCAAGCAGUGGUUUAUACAAUUGAAUUUCAAAAAAGAGGUUUGCCUCAUAGUCAUAUAUGUCUAUUUAUGCAUGCUGACUGCAAGCUUCCUACAGUUGAAUAUAUCGAUCCCAUUAUUUCUGCUGAGAUUCCAAAUAUCGAUGAUGAUCCAGAAUUGUAUUCACUUGUCAAGGAGUUCAUGAUUCACGGUCCAUGUGGAGCUGAAAAUUUGAAUUGCCCAUGCAUGGUUGACAGAAAGUGUUCUAAAAACUUUCGAAAGCAAUUUUGUAAUCAUACUUCAGUUGAUUCAAAUGGUUUUCCCUUAUAUAGGAGAAGAGAUGAUGGGAAUUUUGUUGAAAAAUCUGGUGUUCAGUUAGAUAACAGAAAUGUUGUUCCAUACAACAAAUAUCUGUUGAAAAGAUAUCAGGCACACAUUAAUGUUGAAUGGCAUCCUACUGUGAUUAGACUACCUUUUCAUCUUCCUGAUCAACAACAAGUUGUAUAUGAGGCAGACGAUGACAUUGAAGAUGUUCUUGAUCGCCUUCAAUUGCUUCUUCAAUAUCUGAUUUGGAAGCCAAGGGAACUUGGAUAUGCGAUUGGUAGAAUUCACUCGGUUUCUCCUAAACUUAGAGAAGCAUAUUUAUUAAGAAUUCUUUUAAAUAAAGUGAAAGGUCCUAAAUCAUUCGAAGAAAUUCGCACAGUCAAUGGUGAACUAUGUUCUUCUUUUAAAGAUGUGUGUUAUAAUCUUGGCAUUUUAGAUGAUAACAAAGAAUUUAUCGAUGCAAUUAAGGAAGCAAGUCUUUCUGGAUCUGGUUUUUAUCUGCGGUUCUUAUUUGCUACGAUGCUAUUGUCCAACAGUUUAUCACUAAACGAAGAUCAACUUAAAAACUUUACUUUGUCUGAGAUAGAACAAAUUUUACUCCGUAACAAUUCCAGCCUUAAAAAUUAUGGAAAGAUGCCUUACCCAGAUGCUGAUUCUGUUUCAUCUUCAAACAAUCGUCUUAUUACCGAGGAGCUAGAUUAUGACAUACCAAAUUUAAAGAACGAGUUCGAUCAGCUGUUUGUUGCAUUAACAAAUGAGCAACGAGACAUUUUUGUUGAUAUCAUGGAUGCAGUUAAACAUAAUAAGGGAGGUGUAUUCUUUGUUUAUGGUUAUGGUGGAACAGGUAAGACAUUUCUUUGGAAGAAAAUUUCUGCAGCAAUUAGAGCUCAAGGUCAGAUUGUUUUAAAUAUUGCUUCAAGUGAGAUAGCUUCAUUAUUAUUGACUGGAGUGAUCUUGCCAGUUUAG